CUUGGUUUUACUCUUGGGAAUGUGGUUGGAAUGUAUCUGGCUCAGAACUAUGAUAUUCCUAACAUUGCAAAGAAGCUUGAGGAAUUUAAGAAGGAUGUGGAAGCUAAGAAGAAACCUCCCAGUGACAAGUCCUAA